UGUAGGAGGAGUCCGGAUUUCAAAAGAACUAUGCUAUGUUAUCCCCAGCAGGAUUUUCCUGCUGCAGAGAACCUUCCUUUCUUGGAAAGUCUCUGUGCCAAAGAACGGCAAAGUUUAAGCAGGGUGGAGAGCAGUGAAAUUCAGGAGUGCUGUGAACAAGCCCAGCCUGUCACAGUAACCUUUGAUCGCCCAGAAUCAAGUGGAGGAAAGCCAGGACACAAUGGCAGCAAAAUGGCUGCUGGUGUUUUCCGUGGUUUGGGUGUUCUUUUGGGGCUCAGCCUCCACUGGGAAUGUCCUCAUCUGGCCGGCAGACGACAGCCACUGGAUCAAUUUGAAAUUCAUCAUGAAUGAGCUCACAGCCAGAGGCCACCGAGUGACUGUCCUCCUGCCUUCAUUCUUCCGGAUAAUUGACCCCAGUGAACCUUCCCCUUUCCCGAUAGAAGUGAUAUCUGCUCCGUUCUCAAAGGCAGAGAUGGAAGAUCUCCUGCAGGACUACAUACAUCUAUGCACUUACGGGAUCCGAGAACUUUCUUCCUGGGAAUUUUUCAGCAAGUUGAAUGCCUUAGUAACACACGUGAUGGAUCGAUACAAAACGGUCUGUCAUAUAGCUGUGACAAAUGAGAAACUGCUGGAGAAGAUGGAAUCAGCUGGUUUCGAUGUUCUGCUUGCAGAUCCACUCAUUCCUUGUGCAGAACUGUUGGCUCAGAAGCUCAGGAUCCCAUUUAUAUACACCUAUCGAUUCUCUUUUGGAAACACAGUGGAGCGUCUAUGUGGAUGUAUGCCAGCACCUCCAUCCUAUGUGCCUGCUAGCACAGGGGAACUAACAGACAGGAUGUCCUUCACAGAGCGGGUUCGAAACAUGCUCUUUUACCUCUUCCAAGAUUUCUUAUUCCAGCACGUUCAAUAUAAAGGCUGGGAUGAGUUCUAUAGUGAUGUUCUAGGGAGACCCACAACAUUAUGUGAAGUGAUGGGGAAAGCAGAGAUCUGGUUGAUUCGCACCUACUGGGACUUUGAAUUCCCGCGGCCUUUCCUACCCAAUUUUGAAUUUGUGGGGGGUCUGCACUGCCAGCCAGCCAAGCCUUUGCCAGAGGAAAUGGAAAAGUUUGUCCAGAGUUCAGGAGAACACGGCAUUGUGGUCUUCUCCCUGGGCUCAAUGAUUAAAAACGUAACAGAGGAAAAGGGGAACAUGAUCGCAUUGGCCCUCAGCCAGCUUCCACAGAAGGUUCUCUGGCGCUACAAAGGAAAAAGGCCAGACACAUUAGGAGCCAACACCAGACUUUAUGACUGGAUCCCGCAAAACGACCUUCUUGGACACCCCAAGACGAAAGCCUUUAUAACACAUGGUGGAACCAAUGGGAUUUAUGAAGCUAUUUACCAUGGUGUUCCCAUGGUUGGGAUCCCCAUGUUUGCUGACCAACCCGAUAACGUUGUGCACAUGAAGGCAAAGGGGAUGGCUGUACAGCUGGACAUUCAUACAAUGAAGACAGAAGACUUAGUGGAUGCCGUAAACACUGUCAUUCACAAUGCCACAUAUAAGGAAAAUGCAAUGAGGCUGUCACAGAUCCACCACGACCAACCGAUAAAGCCGCUGGACCGCGCUGUCUUUUGGAUUGAGUUUGUCAUGCGCCACAAAGGUGCCAAGCACUUGAGAGCAGCUGCCCAUCACUUGACCUGGUACCAGUAUCACUCCCUGGACGUCAUUGCCUUCUUGAUCGGUUGCAUGGCAGUUUUCAUAUUCAUUGCUGUUAAAUGCUGCUCAUUUUUUUGUCGGAAAUGUGGCAGGAUUAUUAGGAAAACCAAAACAGAGUAGCUUCUCCUGGGACCCGGCCAUCGUUCUGUGGCUUGCAUUAUUCAGCAUGCUCAUGACUCGGUGUGCUAAUACCCACCCCCCUUUAUGAAAACUGCACCUAAACUUCUAAUUUUUUUGCCACACUUUUCAACUCAAACGGAUGUACAAGCCAGCCAAUCUUAACUUUGCUCCAUUCAGCACCUGAGUGAGUAAUGUAUGUAUUGAUGAUGGUUCACACUUCGAGAUCGCUCGUUUUUGUUUUGAACUGAGCUUAUUCUGUAAACUCCGCAACUGGCAAAGUAGCACAGAACCUUUUUAUUUGGAGGCAGUGACACUCUCUAUGAAUCUCUCAAAAUAUACAUCUAAGUGUUGCUAAAGUGGGAAAUUGCAUAAACAACGUGGUCCUUUUCAAGAUCAAGAACCGUUUAUUUCUGAAACACAGCAGUCAAGGUUUCCUGUGGACAUCAGUCACCUGCUGCUGGAGUACAGCACGUGCACAAUCGAUACGAUCUAACAGACACUAGCCAUGCCUGAAUCUGCUUGGAAUCAAUGGACUAAAAAUGCAAAAUGCUGGAUAGUCCGCACCGAAGCCGUUCCAAUAAUGACACAGUGAUCCAGGAAAAAAUGUGUCUAAUUGCACAUCUGCUGAAAUUAUUAAUAUUGUAAUUCUUAAGAAUAAUUAUGGUUUUUUUCCAUUGUGAUAGAGCUGCACGCAUACUUCAAUUCAGGACUGGAAUAAAUGAUAUUGGUGUAGAA